AUGGCGUUUUCCUUCGGGGCCACGACCGCGACCCCCGCGGCCUCCUCCGGCUUCAGUUUCGGUGCAGCGCCCGCCCCAACUUCGUCGUUCGGCUUUGGCGCGAGCGCAUUGGGAGCCACAGGCGCCUCGAGCGGCUUCACUUUCGGUGCACCUCCUGCUGCUGCUGCUGCUACUUCAGCCGCGCCUUCGAAUGGCUUUAGCUUUGGCAACACGGCCGCGUCGACAACGCCUUCGAAUGGCUUUGGCUUUGGCGCUCCUGCAGCACCGUCUGGCGGCGCUGCGGGCUUUGGCUUUGGGUCGGCUUUCACGUCAAUGCCGCAGCAGCCGACGGGCGGACUGGGAGGCUUUACCUUCGGCACACAACCACUUGCUGCGCCACAAGCCGCCGGCAGCGGUCCUCCAAUCACGUUGGAGACGGCGUUUGAAGAGCUGCCGGACGCGGUCAAGACGAACAUGAUGCAGUUCCAUGCGUUUCUAAAAGAGCAGGACCAGCUGGAGGCGUUUCUAAAGACGGUCUCCUCUCGUCCACUUGAAGCGCUGCGGGAAAACAUGGCGCGGCUGGAGCAAGAAGUGCUGGUCCGCCGCAACCGGCAGGACCGUCAGAAAGCUGCUGUCCAGCACGUGCGGCACGACGUGCGCCAGCUGCUGCAUCAAGUGGAUGCCGCGACACUCACUCGCCGAAGUCUGGACAACAGCAGCAAUGGCAGUGCACCGAACGUGUACCAUGUCAUGCGGCGCGUGGAGAUGCCGUCACGGUACUACUGGGAGCUGCUCAGCCACUACGAGCACAAGAUGGCAGCAAUCAAGGCGCAGAUUGAAGACGUGGAAGCGCAGGUCAAGCCGCUGUAUGAUAACCGGCAGGAUGGCGCUGCGAACGGCACGGGGUUCCCCGUUCCGGUCCAGCUACAGCACAUUCUGCUCGCACAGAAUGCUGCACUGAUGCAGGCUGCUGCUCGUGUGGCUGAAGUCCAUGAGAAAGCUGAAGAGAUGCGGCAGCUGUUUCUGGCCAAGAUGCAGGCAGACAUGGCUCGACGCGGCGACAAGAACGUCGCUGCUUUUCAGAACCCGUUUGACAAGCGCAAGAAAAACAGCGAGACGGACAAGCGGCAGGCGAUUGACAAGAUUCGCUUCCGCACAAGUGUUGCGCCCACGAUCGUUGCACCGCAACCAGCAGUAGCGACUCCUGCUGCUGCUGCACCCGCUUUUGGAUUCGGCGCCGCGACGCCUGCAGCUGCUCCUGUGAGCGGGUUCGGUUUUGGCGGGUCGUCUGCUCCAGCCAAGACGGUGUCGUUCAAUCUCACGGGCACGACGACCACGUCCGUCGCACCUCUUGCCACAACCACCAGCAUCGCGGCUGCACCGCCGUCGGCAGGAUUUACGGCGACAGCUCCUGCAGCUGGAGGGUUUACAGCCCCCACAAUAGCCACGAGCGGUUUUGGCAGCGUCACUUCGUCGUUCCUUCCGCCUGCUACAGCCGAUGGUAAGACGUCAGUCGGCUCGAAGCGCAGUAGCGGACGUGCGCAGAAGAAGCGGUAG